GUCUUUUUUUAGAGAGAGAAAGAAGAGAGAGGAGAGAGAGAGAGCAACCAUAUUUUUCUCCUCUCAUUUAAUUCUCUCACUUAAUUGCUUCCGUGAAACUCGCCACGGCUCCUGGCCCCAUGGCUCAAAAAUCACCCCAUUCGAUAGAGUUUGAAAACCAAACCCCUCGAGUACUAUUUUUUUAAAAUUUCCCCACCCAUAAUAUCACCUGCACCAUUGCUCCCUCUCAACCAUUAUCCACUCUCUCUCUCUCUCUACCUCUCCAACAAAAAGCAUUACCCUCUCUCUCUCUCUCUACAAAAAUGGUAUUGGAACUGCUGUCUGACUUGAACUGAAACCAUUACCCAUUUUCUUUUCUCUCUCUCUCUCUCAUAAUAUCACCUGCAACAUUCCUCCUUUCAACGUUUCACAAAAACCAGUAAUACCCAUUUUCUUCUCUCUCUCGAUUCACAAAAACCAGUAAUACUUACCCAUUUUCGUCACUCUUUCUAUUCACAAAAACCAGUAAUACCCCUUUUCUUAUCUCUUUCUCUCUCUAUUCACAAAAACCAGUAAUACCCAUUUUCUUCUCUCUCUCUCUAAAUGGUCUUGGAACUGCUGUCUAACCUAAACAGAAAUCAUUACCCAUUUUCCUCUCUCUCUCUCAUGCGGAACCUACCAUUUUCUGAUCUCUCAAUCUAAAUGAAUUUUGUCAAUACGUCUCUCUCUCUCUACAUCUCUCUCUCAACUGAGACGACCACUUCUUCGCCUCUCUCUCUUACCUCUCUCUCUCUCUGUCAAUGGUCUGGAACUCUUCUCUUCCCAUAAUUCUCAGGAUCCUCUCCCUUAACUCGCCAGCUACUUUCUCUCUCUAGAAUGGUCUGGAACUCCUCUCACUCUAGAAUGAUGUUUCUCACUCUAGAGCGAUAUUCCUUGUGAUUCCUUUCCUUUAACUAGCCAACUACUUUCUCUCUCUAAAAAAAUGGCCUGGCCUUGAACUCCUCUCUCUCUAGAAUGAUGUUUCUCACUGUAGAACGGUAUUCCUCACUCUAGAACGGUAUUCCUCGUGACUUCUCUCCCUUAACCGGCGAAUCAACUAGUUUCUCUCUCUAGAAAGAAUGGUGUGGAACUCUUCUCACUCUAGAAUGAUGUUUCUCACUCUUGAAUGAUAUCUCUCAUGACUUCUUGCUAACUAGUUUCUCUCUCUAAAAAACAAUGGUCUGGAACUCCUCUCACUCUAUAAUUAUGUUUCUCACUCUUGAACGAUAUUCCUCAUGGCUUCUGCCCAACUAGUUUCUCUCUCCAAAAAAAACAAUGGUCUGGAACUCCUCUCUCCCUAUUACUGAAACCACCACAAAGGUGGGCCUGGGCUAUGGAAUCGCCAUAGCCGUGGGCCUCCUCGUCCUGGUCUCCACCAUUAUGCUCGCCUCCUACGCCUGCGUCAAAGUCAAGGGCCGGUCGAGCCGGAAUACUGCUGAUUCCUCCUUUCAGGCCACUGUUCCAGAUUUUCUAACGCCGGAAAACCACUUUAUUAUGACCGGGCUAGAUGAGCAAAGCAUAAGCGGUUUUCCGCGAGUGGUUUUCCGGCGAGCGCAGGAUAUUCCGAGGCCAGUAAACGAUGGAUGUCCGAUUUGUUUGGGCGAGUUCAGGAAAGGAGAAGUUAUCAGGUGGGUGCCGGACUGCCUGCACUGCUUCCACGUGUCCUGCAUCGACGGCUGGCUGAGGCUCAAUGGAUCGUGCCCCGUCUGUAGAAAUUCGCCGAUUCCUUCGCCGAUUCCCACGCCGAUUCCCACGCCACUCUCUGAACUUGUUCCUUUAGCUGUGCAUCGUUAGGUUUAAAUGGGGAAAUUUUAGCCAUUUUUUGGCCGGUAAAUUCGCCGGACAAUGAUGGUUGGUCUGGAUAAGACCGCCCGGAAAUGCCUAUUGACACCGAAUAUUUGACCGGAAAUAAAUGAUUU